GGCAGCGUGUUUUGUCAAUAUAUGCGCGUGUUCUGGCGACUCCACAAAAAAGAUAUUGCUGACAAGAAAGUAUGCAGACGACUGAGCGGCGGCUGUCGUCGAGUGCGUCGGUGUCGUCCGUGCGCCGACGGACGGGAUCGAUAAGUCCGAAGAAGGUGUCCUUGGUGGUGAAGCCAGUGGCCGUGUACUGCUGGGGAUGGGGCGGCAACGGCCAACUGGGCACGAACGACCGCGAGAGCCGCAUCACGCCUUACCUCGUCCACGCAUUGUUGGAGAAGACAUCGAUCUCCAAGGUGGCUUGCGGCAGUCGGUUCACAUGUACAACCGACUUCAUCUUGCUGCAGUGCAACGACGCGAGAAUCUCACGUGAAUACGUAGUGGCGUUGACGGCGUCGGGGUCGGUGUUUGCGUGGGGAAAGAACGACUAUGGCCAACUCGGCAUCGGUCACCACCUCCAAGCUCAGGUAUACACACAUCCAUCGCAUUCCCAUGAUCCUUCCUAAGUUACAAGUCGUCGUAGCUGGAACCCCGGUUGAUCGACUCGUUGAGCGACAUUGCGAUCACCACCAUCGCGACGCGGGGUUCGCACGUCCUGGCGAUCUCCGAGGACGGCGCGGUCUUCUCAUGGGGCCGCGGGGACGAAGGGCAACUAGGUCACAACUCGCGGGAAACGCUGCAUCUGCCCAAACGCAUCGCGAAGCUGCAUCACAUCGUAGACGUCGCGUGCGGCCGCGCGCACUCUGCCGCGCUUGGACACAACGGCGCGGUGUACACGUGGGGAAGCGGAGAAGACGGUGCGCUAGGUCUGGACGACGUCGAGUCCGCUCUCAUACCCACGGCACUGCUUCUUCCUUCGUCCGUCCAGGCCAUUGCUUGCGGAUCGCGCCAUACGCUGGCCAUAACAUCAGAGUUUACCGUACUGAGCUGGGGAUGGAACAUGUAUGGCCAAUUGGGCUUGGGACAUCUGGACACUGUGAGAAUUCCCACCGAGAUCCCAUCCUUUCUCGGCCACAAAGUCGUGCAGAUUGUAUGCGGAUUCCGGCACAAUUUCGCAGUGGUGCCGCACUCGGGGAUGACAGUCGACGUGUUUGGGUGGGGCUGGAACGAGCACGGCCAACUCGGCGACAUCGAGUUGGGCUUGGACCUUGCAGUCGUCCAUCGUCCCCAGCGCCUUCGUUCUUUGGUAGUAUCCAAAAUUCGAUCAUAAAGUCACGUUAUAUUCUUCUAAUUUCACGUUUAUCCAUCUAAUUUUACGUUAUAUUCACCUAAUUACACGUUAUACUCACGUAAUUACACGUUAUAUUAACCUAAUUACACGUUAUAUUUACGUAAUUGCACGUUAUAUUAUCGAGAUUUCCCGUGUUUUCUACAUUUUUUCGUGUCAUGAUGUUCCUUGGGUCAUCAUGCAGAUGGACGUGUCGUUGACGUCGUUGGCGGCGGGAGGGCGGCACUCCCUGUGCAGCGUCCAUCCGCACGGGAGUUUUGCGUGGGGUCGCGGCACGGACGGCGAGGUGGGCACGGGCGUCAUCACGUCCAGCCAGCGGACGCUGACGUGCAUCUUGCACCACCGCGUGGUGUUCCAAGUGGCGUGUGGGUGGGCGCACUCGGUGGGCCUGGUGCAGGAAGACGUGUGUGCGUCGACGUUGUCCACCUCUGUGACAUCGUUCAAGUGGAUGACGUCAGGGGACUGGGACGCGUUCUCCGGCAUGUUCGUGCAGACCAUCCUCCAGCUCAUGAUCGUGUCGAGUCUACUGCCGACGCAGGUCCAUCUUCCCCUGAAAGACCUCCACGAAACCAUCCUUCCCGCGGCCGUCGCCACGACCGUCGUGGGCAAUCUCUUCUUCGCGCUCCAAGGCGUCCGCCUUUCUCGACACGAUCGCAGGCAUGACGUCACCGCCCUUCCCCACGGCAUCAACACCGUGUUAGUGUUUGCAUAUGCACUGAGCAUCAUGGAGCCAGAGUUCCAGCGCACCCAGAGCUUUACGGCGGCGUACGAAGUGGGCAUCUUCGCGGCGAUCGCGACGGGAGUGCUGCAGAUGCUGCUUCUGCCCUUGCUGAGUCUGCUUCAAGCGGCGAUUCCCAAGGCGGCGCUGCUGGCGUCCGUGUCUGGCAUCGCUCUGACCUUUCUCAGCAUGGGCUUUGCGUUUGAAAUAUGGGAAAAUCCACUCGUGGCCCUCGGUCCCCUCUUGUUAUUUCUCGUAUCGUAUGGCGCCGGCGUUAAACUACCGCUCCAUGUCCCCACCGGCCUCGGCGCGUUGUUGCUUGGCACGAGCUUGGCGCUUGGGUUGUACUACACCGGCACCCCCACCACGUUUGUCCCGUUUUCGGAACCGUAUGCGUUCACGGUGCAAAUGGUAAACGUGGACGUUGGGUUGGUGUAUCGGGCGUUGACGAGUGGCGCCGGGUGGAAGUACAUGAGCAUCAUUGUGCCCAUGGUCUUGGUCAACGUGAUGGGGGCGAUUGCCAACUUGGAGACGGCGGCGGCGGUCGGCGACAAGUACGACCCCCUCGCGUGCGUGUUUGGAGAUUCGAUCGUGACGAUCUUGGGGGCGUGCCUUGGGAACCCCUUCCCCACGGGCAUUUACAUUGGCCAUCCCAUCUACAAAGCCAUGGGCGCUCGCGUGGGGUACUUGGUCCUUAACGCCGUGUGCAUUUCGCUCCUCGCCCUUGUCAACGCGGUGCCAUGGCUGCUUGGGACAAUUCCCAUUGCAUCGGGAGUGGGCUUCCUCCUCUGGAUUGGGAUGGUGAUCACGUCCUCGAGCUUUGAGCGCAAGGCACACGACUCGAACCACGGGACGGCGGUCGUGUUGGGAAUGAUCCCAGCGCUGGCGGCAUGGGCGUUUCAGUUGGUGCAAACCACGCUCCACGCCGUGAAUACAAACUCCAACAUGACGGCGGCGCUCGACAGCCUCGCGGCCGCGGGGUUAAAUCCCCAGGGAAUGAUCGCGCUUUCCCAGGGAUAUCUUCUCACAGCGAUCGUGCUCGCGUCCACGAUGGUGCACAUCAUCGAGCGCGACUUUAUCUACGCCGCGGCGUGGAUGGCCGUGGCGUCCAUGUUAAGCGCCACGGGAAUCAUCCACGCGUAUCGCGUUGUGGGGAACGCGAUCGAGCCAGCAUUGGGAUUUUUCCCCACACAAGUGUCUCACCAGUUUGCGAUCGUGUAUGCUGGGAUGGCGCUGAUGCUGGGUGCGUUCCACUUGGGCGAGGAAGAGUACAAGUACACGUGGAGCCAUGUGCUCAAGAUGGUCACGUGGAGCAAGCAGUGGCUGCCACGUCAUGCACCCGCGGCGGCGUCCAUCGACGAACACACGCCGCUGCUCCUGCGCUCGCAAAGCACCCUCCUUGAAAUGGAAAAGUAGCUUGGAGGGAUUAACUAAAAAGGACUAGUUCAACGCGCACGAUUAAUAGUAGUAGUAGUAGUAGGUAUUUGUAUCAAAAUACCUACUUUUGCCCAAAAUGUGGCUGACUUUUGUGCUGAUUCUUUGC